GGACGAGUACUGGUAGGUAACGGGAUCCACCAAGGGAGAAGGAUGACAAUAAUAAUGUCCCCGGCUGGUUCCCGCGGCACCCAAGUCUCCGUAUCAUGAUAAACACUGGGCCUGUCGCCCAUAUGAUGCCCGUGGUGGCCCGGAGUGGGUCCUGGAUUGCGUGGUGCCAGGCCAUCCUUUUUGGUGUGUCGGGGCUGGUGAUACUGGCUGAAAGGACCGCGCUGAUCUAUUGUGUAGGAUUCUACCUAUGGAAUGAAGAAACGCAGUGGGCGGGGAUGACCCUCGCCUUCCUGUUGCCGGGGAUACUGGUCCAGGUGUUGAGUCUCAGGUGGUACCGUGACGAUGGGGAAGACCACUAUUGGUUCCUGACCCUCACACAUGUGCUGCAACUGGGCAUCUUCCAAAGGUUGUGGGACUGCAUGAUAUCCGUAUGGGACAUGCAGGGUAGUGCGGGGGAGCUCGGGGCGGCUGUGAUGCAGCAGGCCGAUGUGUCCGCCCUCCGCCUGUUGGAGGCCCUGGUCCUCACCCUCCCUCAGACACUGCUGCAGACCUACGUCUUAGCUGUCACUGACGUGGAACUCCACUCCCCAGUAGCGGUGUGCGCAGGCCUGUGCCUGCUGUCACUGUCCUGGGCGCUGGUGCUGUUCAGCCGGGCAUGCUGCCUGAUCCGCCCGGGCCACCUGGCCAUGCCCCCGGCCGCCCUGCUGUGCCAGCUGCUGUGGAGGGCGGGCAUGCUGGGCGCCCGUGUGGCAAGCCUCAUGUCCUUCGCCCGCUACUUCCACUGGUGGACCUGCGGAGUGGCAGGCUUCCACUGGCUCACGGCUUCCUUCUGGCUGGUCGCCCAGCAACCGGAAAUCUGCACCGGACCCUGGCGCUGGCGCCUGUUCAACGUCGCGCUGGGAUUGGUCCACAUCUUCCUCUUCCUCAACGUCAAAGACGGACCCUCGCGCUUUCGCAUGGCCGGCUUCUACGUGGCCAUGCUACUAGAGAACACCACCCUACUAGUGGCAGCGUCCGACUUCCUCAGUGAGAAAUCAUGGGAUAGCAUGACCCUCCCCAUCGCUGUGCUGAGCAGCUUCCUGCUUGGCGCCACCUCUCUAGUCCUGUACUACCGCUUCCUCCACCCCAAGUCCACUGAGAUCGCCACAGGCCAUGGCCUCGGCCACCGCAACCACCACAUGGGCUCCACCUGCCUGGAGGGCCUAGAGCAGGGCGAGUCUUCCUACUCCCUGGGGGGUGGGGGAGGUGACAAGAGCCUCCCCCAGGCCGCACCCUCCUCCCUGCACAAUCACGGCAGCUUCUCCCUCUCUGGCGUGGCCGGCUCCCUCCUGGAGCAUCCUGGGAGUUGCGGUCCCAGGCUGGGUAACUCGUGCCUCUGCCGCCACCACCACUGGCUCCUGAUUCGCUUGGCACUAAAAACGAGUGACAUAGGAAAGAUCAACCGGGCCUAUGGCUCCGGUGGCGUGGUGGCCAACAUGGACGAGGACGAUUACUGUUGUAACUCGGAGGCCACGGGUACAGGUGGCGGCAGGACUACCACGGCGUGUGGGGGCAACUACGACGGGGUCUCCGGGGCCUCGGUGUCCGAAUCGCAGGGGACUAAGGUGGGCCUAGCACCCCUCUCGGACUGCAAGGAGGAGUUCCAGAGCGCCAGCGAUGAGCCCAUAUCCGCCGAGACGCCUGGCGAGGAGGAGAGCGAGGACAGCCUGGAGGACAUGCAGAGCCCACUGGAGUCGCCGGUGUCUGACUCCUUAAAGCGCAGCUCGCCCGAGGGCAAAUCGGUGUUCGGGGACAGCCCCGAGCCAUACUUCUGCCCCAGCACCACCCUGUCCAGCUCCACACUGUACUUCAGUGCUGACCCCCAGUCCCCCAGCAGCACCAGCAACCCCCGCCUGGACCGGGCCAGCCCCCCCAUGGGCAUGGCACGCCUCGGCUCCAUCCCCAGCGACCCCGCCCUGCACAGGGACGUCAGGGGACUGCAGAUGGGUCAGAUGGGGCCUCGCUACACCUCCACACCCAAACUGGACUCUGGGGUGCAGGGGGACGCACCGCCCAGCAUCCCUCAUCUGAGUGGUCCCAGGAGGCAGCUGAUACUGUCACGGCGAGACCAGGACGAUGGAUUUUAAGAACAAGGGAGGGAAAAAGAGAGGGAGGAGAAAAAAAGAGAUGGUGGAAAGAGAUUGAAAAGUCAAUGGAGAGGAAGCAUAAUCAAACACAAGCCCAGCUCAAAGCUAGCUCAUUUGAAGCACAAGUAUCUUUUUUUAUUUAUUUUACCUUUAUUUAACCAGGCAAGUCAGUUAAGAACAAAUUCUUAUUUUCAAUGACGGCCUGGGAACAGUGGGUUAACUGCCUGUUCAGGGGCAGAACGACAGAUUUGUACCUUGUCAGUUCGGGGGUUUGAACUCGCAACCUUCCGGUUACUAGUCCAACGCUCUAACCACUAGGCUACCCUGCCGCCCGUAAUAUACAUUUCCUAUAAAGCUGUCCGUUACCAUUUCUUGCUGAUUGUUCCGAGUACCAAGUACUUUCUAUUGGGGAUUUCAUAUUCCGGUACUUACUUUUUACAUCAGUAACUUUAACCCAGUUCAAUCAACGCUACCUCCUAAUCAACCAAAUAUAAUACAAUAAACAAAUAAUACCACAUAAAAACCUAUUUUAAAUGCUUCUAAAAAAAUUAUUCUAAGAAGUGGUGACGUGAUCUCGGCUAAAGUGAAGAUACUCACUGCAAUAUGUCAGCUUGGUAUCUGAACUUUGUUUUGGCUGGCAUUUACAGAUACCGUAUCGGCCAGAGUACCAUCAUUGAUAGUAUCAGUGCACCUCUAAUUUCCUGUUGUGUUUUUGUUAUUCCUUUGAAAAGACACUCACUCCCCAUACCCCCAAACACAUUGAACAGGUCAAGGGUUCACUAGGAACCAAACGUAAGCAAACGACCAAAACGGGGAAGGACUAAACUGAACUUGUCCUUUUGCAAAAUGUUUAGCUAUCAUUUGCUACGGUGUGCUGUGCACUAAUGACUACACCCCAGGUGAAAGUAUACACUCAUUUGCUGACACCGCUUAGGACAGACAGGGCUUCAUAGUCAACUCGACAAAACUGUUUGAUGGUGAAAUCCCACAUUUUAUAUGUCCCAUUUUGCCUUUUGCGAAGUUGUUCAUAUUAACAAACUUAUUUAUUGAGCUAAUUAAUUAAUAUUUUGAAGGUACAUUGUUGCAAAGAUAUAACUUUUUUUUUUUUUAUUAUUUUGUCUUAAAGACAUGUUGAACAUGUUAACUUGCUAAAUGCAGUUUUUCCAAUUGAGAAACUCUAAAAUAUGUUGUAUUGUACUGUCUCAGGCGCGUGGUUGUGUUUUAAACAGUUUUCACACCUCAAAUGUGAAGGUAAGUGGAAGAAUAAGGGAUAUCCAAGACAUAUUUUGUGACAAUGUUUUGCUGUGCUCAUUUUUUCAUCCCUUAUAAGGGAUCAUUGUAUUGUUGAUUAAAUGCUCUAUAAAUGACCCAGGGUAAGAUACAGUGUCUUCAGAAAGUAUUCACACUCCUUCACUUUUUCCACAUUGUUGUUACAGCCUGAAUUUAAUAUUGAUUACAUUGAGAUGUUUUUGGUCACUGGUCUACGCACAGUACCCCAUAAUGUCAAAGUGGAAUUAUGUUUUUGAAAUGUUUACAAAUGAUUUAAAAAUGAAAAGCAGAAAUAUCUUGAGUCAUUAAGUAUUCAACCCCUUUGUUUUUUUAAUGUUUUUACUUAACCUUUAUUUAACUAGGCAAGUCAGUUAAGAACACAUUCUUAUUUACAAUGACUGCCUACCCCAGCCAAACCCUUCCCUAACUCUGACGACGCUGGGCUAAUUGUGCGCUGCCCUAUGGGACUCCCGAUCACGGCCUGGUUGCGAUACAGCCGGAUUCAAACCAAGGUCUGUAGUGACGCCUUGCAGUACCUUAGACUGCUACGCCACUCGUUAUGGCAAGCUUGAAUACGUUCAGGAGUAAAGAAAUGUCCUAACAAUCAUGGACUCACUGUGUGUUUAACAUGAUAUUUAAAUGAAUACCUCAUCUCUGUACCCCACACAUAUAAUUAUCUGUAAGGUCCCUCAGUCGAGCAGUGUAUUUGAAACAGAUUCAACCACAAAGACCAGGGAGGUUUUCCAAUGACUUGCAAAGAAGGUCAGGUUUAUAAAAAAAUAAAUUUAAAAAAAGCAGACAUUGAAUAUCUCUUUCAGCAUAGUGAAGUUAUCAAUUAUACUUUGGAUGGUGUAUCAAUACACCCAGUCACUACAAAGAUACAGGCGUUCACGCUAACUCAGUUGCCAGAGAGGAAGAAAACCGCUCAGGGAUUUCAACAUGAGGCCAAUGGUGACUUUAAAACAGUUACAGAGUUUAAUGGCUGCAUAGGAGAAAACUAAGCCUGGAUCAACAAUAUUGCAGUUACUCCACAAUAAUAACUUAAUUGAACGAGUGAAUUAAAAAUACUCCAAAACAUGCAUCAUGUUUGCAACAAGGCAUAAAAGUAAUACUGCACAAAAUGUGGCAAAGCAAUUUAACUAUGGGGCAAGUCCAAUACAACACAUAACUGAGAACCACUCUCCACAUUUUCAAGCAUAGUGGUGGCUGCAUCAUGUUAUGGGUAUGCUUGUAAUCGUUAAGGACUGGGGAGUUUUUCAAGGUAAGAAAGAAACGGAAUGGAGCUAAGCAGAGGCUAAAUCCUAGAGGAAAAACUGGUUCAGUCUGCUUUUCACCAGACACUAGGAGAUCCAUUCACCUUUCAGCAAGACAAUAACCUAAAACACAAGGCCAAAUAUGCACUGGAGUUGCUUACCAAGAAGACAGUGAAUAUCCAUGAGUGUCCGAGUUACAGUUUUGAUUUAAAUCUGCUUGCAAACUUAUGGCAAGACCUAAAAAUGGUUGUCGGGCAAUGGUCAACAACCAAUUUGAUAGAAUUUGAAAAAAGCUGAAAAGAAUAAAUGGGCAAAUGUUGCACAAUCCAGGAGUGGAAAACUGAAGAGACUUACCCAGAAAGACUCACCGCUGUUAUCGCUGCCAAAGGUGAUUCUAACAUGUACAGUAUUUACUCAGGGGGUUGAAUUCUUAUCAAGAUAUAUAUUAGUGUUUUUAUUUUUCAUACAUUUUUUACACAUUUAACAUUUUUCUUCCACUUUCACAUUACAGACUGUGUUGUGUAGAUCGUGGACAAAAAAAGUAAAUUACAUCCAUUUUAAUCCCAUUUUGUAAGAAAAUGUGGAUGAAGUCAAGGGGUGUGAAUAUUUUCGGAAGGCACUGUACAUAGGCAACACAUACAGAACACUGAAAUGAUGCUGGUUUUCAUACUUUUCCCCGCUCAGGUGCUUGCCUAUUCAACAUUUUGUUACAUAGGCCAAGGCCACAGUUGAUGUAAUAACGAACAAGCAAUAAAGGUUAUAUUGGGUGGA